AUGUCUGCCAAAGCCGAAAAGAAGCCAGCAUCUAAAGCCCCAGCUGAGAAGAAACCAGCCGCCAAGAAGACCUCGUCUUCCAUGGAGACCGGUAAGAAGAGAACAAAGGUGAGAAAGGAGACCUACUCGUCGUACAUCUACAAGGUGUUGAAGCAAACACAUCCAGACACUGGUAUCUCGCAAAAAUCCAUGUCGAUUUUGAACUCGUUCGUCAACGACAUUUUCGAGAGAAUCGCCACAGAAGCUUCCAAGUUGGCUGCUUACAACAAGAAAUCUACCAUUUCUGCUAGAGAAAUCCAGACCGCUGUCAGAUUGAUUCUGCCCGGUGAGUUGGCCAAACACGCUGUUUCUGAAGGUACCAGAGCCGUGACCAAGUACUCGUCUUCCACCCAGGUUUGA